AUGGUGGUCUUUGACGGCCACGAGUACCUCACCGAGGAGGAGAAGCGCCUCAAACAGGAUCGCGAGCGCACAAAGUACUGGAAGAAAUGGGGUCCAUACGUCGCCGAACGCCAGUGGGCAACAGUGAGAGAGGACUACAGCGCUGAUGGAGACGCCUGGAGCCACUUCCCGCACGACCACGCUCGGUCCCGUGCUUUCAGAUGGGGCGAGGACGGCAUCGCCGGCGUCUCCGACACGCAUGGCCUGCAAAACAUCGGGUUCAGCUUCUGGAAUGAGGAAGACGACUUUCUGAAGGAGCGCCUCUUUGGCUUGUCCAACCCCCAAGGCAACCAUGGCGAGAGCGUCAAGGAAGCCCACUUUCACCUUGACAACACACCGCACUCCUACAUGAAGUUCUUAUACAAGUACCCGCAGAAGAAAUUUCCUUACGAAGAUUUGCUCAAAGAAAAUGCUCGCCGGUCGAGAGAGGAUAAGGAAUACCAGAUCAUCGAUACUGGAGUGUUCGACGAGGAUAGGUAUUGGGACAUCUUCAUCGAAACGGCCAAAGAGUCGGACGAUCCCGACGAGCUCCUUUUCCGUGUCACGGCGUGGAACAGAGGCCCGGACCCCGCGCCGCUUCACAUUAUCCCGCAAGUCUGGUUUCGAAACACUUGGAGCUGGGGUAGGGAACCAGAGGAUAGAAAACCUUCGAUUGCGACGCAUACGGAGAUUGCCGCCAAGUCAAAGCAUCACAGCCUCGGCGAUCGCUUUUUUCUGCUGUCACCAUCACCCGGAGUGGGCUCAAGCGGAGAUGAUGUAUUGCCCAAGCUGAUGUACACCGAGAACGACACAAACUUCAAGGCUUUGUACGACCAGGAGAACAAGCAGCCCUACGUCAAGGAUGCCUUCCAUCGAUACAUUGUGGAUGGAGAGAAGGCGGCCGUCAACCCCGCUCAGACCGGCACAAAGUGUGCUGCGUGGUUCAACUUCAAUGAGGACGGGGGUGUUGAUCCUGGAGAGUGCGCAGUGGUCCGUUUUCGAUUCACGAAGAAGGACAUGACCUUCUUGGACGAAGAAGAAUUCGACGACAUCAUCGAGAAGCGCAGAGAAGAGGCCGACGAAUUCUACUACAGAAUCAGCCCCAUGCCUAUGACAGACGACCUGCGGAACAUCCAAAGGCAGGCCUUCUCAGGCAUGAUGUGGACAAAGCAGCAUUAUCACUUUGUCUGGGACCAGUGGGCCAACGGCGACCCGUCGAUGCCCCCGCCUCCACCGGAUCGAAUCGGGGUGCGCAACUCGCAAUGGAAACACAUGUACUGUGACGACAUCCUAUCGAUGCCGGACUCUUGGGAGUAUCCGUUCUUUGCUGCGUGGGACAGCGCGUUCCAUUGUAUCCCGCUCGCCAUGCUCGACCCCGACUUUGCCAAGAAACAGCUCGACUUGUUUACGAGGGAGUGGUACUGCCAUCCGAACGGCCAGCUCCCAGCAUACGAGUGGAACUUUGGCGAUGUGAACCCGCCUGUUCACGCCUGGGCCACCUUCAGAGUCUUCAAAAUUGAGCGGAAAAUGUAUGGACGACAGGACCUCGACUUCCUCGAGCGUGUCUUCCAAAAGCUGCUGCUCAACUUCACCUGGUGGGUAAAUCGAAAGGACGCCGAUGGCAAAAACGUGUUUGAGGGUGGUUUCCUCGGCCUCGAUAACAUUGGCCUCUUCAACCGAUCGGAGCCCUUGCCCACCGGUGGUGUCUUGGAGCAGGCGGACAGCACUGGGUGGAUGGCUUUCUUCUGCCUGUCCAUGCUCAACAUUGCCCUCGAGCUGGCCAAGCACCGCCGCAUCUACGAGGAUAUUGCCUCCAAGUUUUUCGAGCACUUCAUCUUCAUCAGCGAUGCCAUGACAUUCCGGGCGGGCAAGGACGAGAAGUCCCUCUGGAACGAGGAAGAUGGUUUCUACUACGAUGCCAUCUCUUGGGGUGGCCCGUGGAUCGAGCAGCUCCCUGUCCGGUCGCUGGUUGGUCUUAUUCCUCUUUAUGCUACGACCACGCUGGAGCCGGAGCUGUUGAACAAGCUUCCGUCAUUCAAGAAGAGGGUCGACUGGUUCGUGCACAACCGUGUCGACCUGGCUGAGAGAAACAUGGCCAGUAUCAGGAAGAGGGGCAAGGGCGACCGCAUCCUGCUCUCAAUCGUCAGCAGAGAUCGCUUGGAGAAGAUUCUCAAGCGUAUGCUGGACGAGGAUGAGUUCUUCAGCGAUCACGGUAUCCGCUCGAUGUCAAAGUAUCACAAGGAACACCCGUACUCUAUGGAUGUCAACGGGCAGCAGUUCCGGGUCGGAUACGUGCCGGGGGAUUCCGACACCGGUCUCUUCGGUGGCAACAGCAACUGGAGGGGGCCGAUUUGGUUGUGCGUCAACUUCCUUCUCGUCGAAUCUCUGCAGAGAUUCUUCCUCUUCUACGGCCCGGAACUCCAGGUCGAAUGCCCUACGGGCAGUGGCGACUACAUGCAUCUGGGCAAGGUCUCUGAGGAGAUUCAGCACCGUCUCCAGCACCUCUUCGCGCGGACGGACGACGGCAGACGCAGCGUCAACCAUGGAGACGAUCGCCUCGACUUUGAUGAACACUGGAAAGACUAUCUCUGGUUCUACGAGUUCUUUGACGGCGACUCGGGUCGCGGCCUGGGCGCGUCCCAUCAGUGUGGAUGGACAGGCUUGAUUGCGCGGAUGAUCCACGAUACUGGUGUCAACUGCCGUUUGCCGCAAACGCCCCGCACGCCGUCUGUCGCCAUGGCGCACUACUUUGAUGACAUGUUCCAGCGCACCAUCGACAGCGGAACCCCCCGCUCCAGUGGCCUGCGGCACGUCCGCCGGUCCUCCAUAGCCCGCUCCAUCGGUGCUCGCAGUGACUUUGACACGUCUGUCAACGGCGCGGACGACGACGGUGACUCGGCCGUCUACGACGAUACCAGGUCAAAGGAAAAGGCCGAGGCCGACGAGCAUAUGCAUCAUUACAUUGCGGAUCAGCUGUCACGGUACAAGACCCAAAACGGCGACUUUGAGCACGAGGACGAGUUCGAAACCCAGGCCUAA